GGUGGAGUGGCUGUAUCCCGGCGGCGUGGCGUGGAGCCCCCGCCGGGGCCGCGGGAACGAGCGCUACGCGGAACUGCUACUCCCAGAGCAGCCCGGGCCCCCCAUCUCCGCCCCGCCGUGCUCUCAGGCUCCGAGCACUACAACUCCCGGCAUGCCGUGAACUUGACGGCCGCGCCUCCCGGGCGGAGUCUGGCCCUCCCAGCCGCCCCGCUCCCCCGCCCUGUCCCAGCCGCUCCUCCGACCGCGCGCGGAGCUGGGACGCGAGCCAUGGAGGAGACACCGCCCCCGCUGCUGGGCAGCAACAAGCCGCACCUGGAGAAGCUGACCUUGGGUGUCACCCGCAUCCUCGAAUCAUCCCCAGGUGUGACAGAGGUGACCAUCACAGAAAAGGCACCUGCUGAACGUCAUAUGAUUUCUUCAUGGGAACAACUAGCUCUCCAGAAGGAAAUUACCACAGCAGAACACCCGCCUACUCUGCCUUAUCAGAAAAAUAACUGUGUGCUGCCUGAGGAUCUGAAGAACUUUUACCUGAUGACCAAUGGCUUCCACAUGACAUGGAAUGUGAAGCUGGAUGAACAUACCAUUCCAUUGGGCAGCAUGGCAAUUAACAGCAUCUCAAAACUGACUCAACUCAACCAGUCUUCCCUGUACUCACUUCCUAAUGCACCAACUCUUGCAGACCUGGAGGACGAUACACAAGAAGCUAGUGAGAACCAGCCAGAGAAGCCUCACUUUGAUUCUCGCAGUGUAAUAUUUGAGCUGGAUCCUUGCAACGGGAAUGGGAAGGUUUGCCUUGUCUACAAAAGAGGGAAACCAGCAUUAGCACAAGACACUGAGAUCUGGUUCCUGGACAGAGCAUUAUACUGGCAUUUUCUCACAGAUACCUUUACUGCCUAUUAUCGCCUGCUUAUCACCCACCUGGGCCUGCCCCAGUGGCAGUAUGCUUUCACCAGCUAUGGCAUUAGCCCACAGGCCAAGCAAUGGUUCAACAUGUAUAAACCCAUCACCUACAACACAAACCUACUCACGGAAGAGACCGACUCCUUUGUGAACAAGCUGGAUCCCAGCAAAGUGUUCAAGAGCAAGAACAAGACCUUAAUCCCCAAAAAGAAAGGGUCUGUUCAGCCUGCAGGUGGCCAGAAAGGGCCCGCAGGUCCUCCUUCCACCUCUAGAUCCUCCUCUGGCUCUGGAAACCCUGUCCGAAAAUGAGCGCCCCACCUCCAGCUCCCUGCCAGCCCCACAGUGACGAUUUCCAUGCACAGAUGCCCCAGGCGUGGCCCAAGCCUCAGAUUCUGUGUGUGGAACCAUAGUCCUCUCCCCAUCUGAGUGACAAAAUCCUAGGCCUUUUACUGCCAUUGGCUUGAGCCAGGAGUUGGAAGGGCAUACUCAGGUCUCCCCAAGAAUCCUUCCCUCAUACCCCUUACAGCAGGUUGUGCCACCUACUGAUUCUGGAAGCUGUGGCGAAUGUAAGGUGUUGCGUAAGUGACUAAGUAGAUCUGUUAAGAGCUUUCUUCUCUUUCUACUCCAACCCCCUACCCCUCAGCAGUAAUUAGAGAAGUCCCCCAUAGAAACCACUGGUUUUGACCUAUGAGGCAUUAGAACUAUGCUGCUCAACUGAUAGCCACUUUUUAAAGCAGCUAAAUUUAAGCUACGUUAAAAAUUCAGUUCCUCAGUUAUGUUA